AUGUUUAAGUUGCCAGCUAGAAUCCUCCACUUUGGGCUGGUGAGACCUUUCUCCACUUCUUUCGCUAGGCUCAAUGCACCAAAAUCCUCGUGUGCCGCUGGGACAGUCUUGAACUUGAAGGUCAGAAAAAAUGGCGAUGAGCCCGUGGCCUUGGAAGAUCUGGAGUACCCUGAGUGGUUGUGGGACAUUCUCGAUAAAUCCAAGACAGAGGCUGCACUUAAGGAGGAAGACCCAAUAAAAUGGAGAAGAAAGCAGAACUCGAAGAGAACCACGGCUAAGAUCAAAAACAACAACUUCCUUGCACAAAUGUAA